AUGGCCUGCAAGGAGCGUGCGGUGAUUGACUUUUUGCUGGACGAGUUGCGGCACCAUCGAUCGGAUCCAAGUAACCAUGGGCGUCCGUUGAUUGUCGGCUUGCAAGGACCCCAAGGCAGUGACCUCUACCUCCCGCACGAUGCCAUGCAAAACGUCGGGCGGGAAAACGCGUCGAACGGCUUGCUGCAGGGCCGGGGUCAGCCAGGCACGCACGACGUGGCGCUCGGCACGUCGCUCCUGCACGCGAUCCGAGACUUGAAUACCCAGACAGAGGGAGCGCUGGCGCUUCCCGUCUAUGACAAAAGCGCGUUCGAUGGACAAGGCGACCGCGCCGCGCGCACGAUCCAAGUUUGCGCGCCGAUCGACAUUGUGCUGUUCGAGGGGUGGUGCCUCGGCUUCUACUCCAUUCCACGCGCAGUACUUGCAGAGCGUAUCGCGACAGCAAGCCAAAAUGACCCGCCGGCGUUCCUCUCCUACUCCCUAGAGCACUUGGACGCGGUGAACGAGCAGUUGCGCGUAUGGGAACAGCAAUGGUAUCCUCUCAUUGAUGCAUUCGUCCAGUUCUGCCCGCAUGCAACAGAUGGUGCGAGUCCCUGGUCCCUGGUCUACCCCUGGCGCCUCCAGGCAGAGCACGCAAUGAAAAAGGCGAAUGGAGGAAAAGGCAUGUCGGAUGCACAGGUCUACUCCUUUGUCCAGCGUUACCUGCCGAGCUACGAGCUCUUUUGCCAGGAUUUACGUCAGCCCAACCCCUGGACAGGGCGGUGCUUGUGCAUGGACGUAGGCGCGGAUCGCGAAGCAAGCAGCAUCCAGCGUGUCUGA